UGAUCCAAUGAGCGUAUGAAGGCAGCAUAGGAGACAGAACUAAUCUGUGUCUAUCCCACUUAUUACAGAGCAUAAUUGGAAAUGUGUUUUGAAUUAAGCCAAGUACUAAUCACUUUCUCCACUGUAGUGUUGUAGAGGGUUAGAAAGAUGGAGUGGGUGAAAGUAGGACACAUGUGGCUUGACUUACUGGCCUGCCGUGCUGACACAUGCAGAGUCACUCCAGAUGGUUUUAAAAUAUUUUAUGUAGAAUAACAGCAGGAGCAAAAGCACUGCACUUUGGACGCCUGUAUCCAUCAAUCUGACUCAAUUACAGUAAAUGGUCUGCACUUAUAUAGUGCUUUUAUCCAAAGCGCUUUACACUGUGUCACAUUCACCCAUUCACACACACACACACACCAAUGGUAGCAGAGCUGCCAUGCAAGGCACUAACUUGCCAUCGGGAGCAACUUGGGGUUCAGUGUCUUGCCCAAGGACACUUCAGCAUGUGGAGUCAUGUGGACCGGGAAUCGAACCGCCAACCCUAUGAUUAGCGCACAACCCGCACUACCACCUGAUCCACAGCCGCCCACCCAAUUAUAAACCUGUGUAUACUCCCAAGGUCUUUAAUACGUAUCAUGCACUCUUAGAUUCACUCUUAUCAAGCACUAUUUAUGGUUCACGGGUUCCCUUACCCCUGUGUCCUGUGUUGGACCAGGGAUGAGGUUCUGUGCUCUGGGAGAACCCUUAAAAGUUCUCACAACAAUGGUUUAAAAAGCAAAGAACCAUUAACUCUCCAAAACACUCCAUAUUUCUAACACUGUGUAAACUUUUCAGAAGUUUGAAUCAUUUUCAGUGUAUUUCUUUGCUUUUUUGUCCUUUUUUCUUCUUCUUCCUACUUACAUGUUACUUGCUGUAGUAUAUUGUAAUUUUGAUACAUGUAUUUUAUUUUGAUGUUCAUUUCAUUGAUUUUUUUUUUUUUUUAGAAAGGUUUUAUUUAUUUAUUUAUUUAUUUUUUUUUUAAAGCUUUAAUUAGUUUGGUUAACAUGUGCUGUAUUUAAACGUGCCUUAUAAUUAAACCUUGGCUUGUAAGGAUGACGUCAAGUCAUCCUUGAGAAAGCAAAGUCCGAAACAGUAAAACACACACACACACACACACGCACACUCCUGAGACGCGAAACGCCCACCAGCCCACUCUUUUACAGUCUCCCCCUUUUCCUUUCUGACAGUCAACAGGAAGACUGUGCCGAGCCUGCCAAAAAGACGCGAGGGAGAGUAAGAGAGUGAGAGAGAGAGAGAAAUCCAAACUCCAGGCUGCUUCUCCCAGCUAGACCAAAAAGACAAUAGGAGACCAGAGACCUGCUGCGUAUUAGAGAGAGACGAAUAACAUCUCCAGGAAUUUGCACGCGAGAAUAAGAAACCCCCACAAAACCGAUCCGAUGUCUAACAAGCGUCCCAAAGCAGAAAAAACAGAAAAGGCAAAAAUGGCGCAGAGACUAAGCCGCGAUCUGACUUGCUCAAUCUGCCUGGAUUUAUUCAAGCAGCCCGUGUCUCUCCCAUGCGAUCACACGUUCUGCCACUCCUGCAUUACUAACUACUGGAGCGGCGGAGGCGGUGGCGCAGGCACGCGCGCACCCGGACAACCUGGCACCGGUUCAUCCGGCUCGUGCCCUCAGUGCCGCAAAGUUUUCCCCGGUCAUAGUUACCGGCCCAACCGCAUCGUGGCCAACAUCGUGGAGAGUUACAGCCGGGAGAUCGUGGAGGAGAGCGCGAGCGCCGCGGGCAGCACAGCGAGCUUCGCACCGCGUUGCGCGCGACACCGCGAGGAGCUCAAGCUGUACUGCGAAGAGGAGCACGAGCUCGUGUGUCUCGUCUGCGCCGUAUCUCAAGAGCAUCGGUCUCACGCGCUGGUCUGUGUCGACGAGGCGGAGCAGAAAUACAGGAAGUCACUGAGCAGCUCAGUCACGGCACUUCAGGCGGAGCUGAACACGGCACUGGAGUGUGAGAGAGAGACUGAGGAUGAGGUGAGGAAACUGAAGGAACACACUGCAGACCUCAAGCAGCGUAUCGAGGCUCAGUUUAGUGACCUCCACCAGUUCUUGUAUCAGGAGGAGAAAAUGCUGCAGGUCAAGCUGAAGACAGAGGAGCGUCGGGAGCUGAUCCGGCUGGACGAGCACAAAGCACUGCUGUGUGUGGAGAUAUCACGAUUGCGGCGUGCUCUCUCAGAGAUUGAGGAAAAACUAAGAGAGCAUGAUCCAUACACACUGCUGCGGAACAUAAAGACUCUCCUUCAAAGGCAGCCACUGAAGUUUGAGAAACCGUCUCUGACACCGCCACAGCUGUGUGAAGGUCGAUUUGCUGGGCCGCUUCAGUACCGAGUCUGGAAAUCUCUCAUAGGCAGCCUCUAUCCAGUACCUUCAGCCAUCACCUUCAACUCAAGCACAGCGAACCCAUGGCUGAGCGUGACCCCAUCACUCACCUGUGUGCGCUACCAGACCUUCAACAGCUCUGCACGGGACAACCCACAGCGCUUCGACGCCGCUCUGUCCCUGCUCGGCAGUCAAGGAUUCACCCAUGGAUGCCACUACUGGGAAAUUGAGGUGUCCAGCAGCGCUGUGUGGACAGUGGGCGUGGCACGAGAAUCUGUCGCCAGGAAAGGUGUGAUCAAAGCUCUGCCAGCCAACGGCUUCUGGACCGUCUCGCUCUCCUAUGGUGUGCAGUACAUGGCGGGGACGUGGCCUCCCACUGUCCUGUCCUUGGAUGAGCAGUUGGAGCGCAUCGGUGUGUACCUGGACUAUAAGAGAGGCCUUGUGUCGUUCUACAACGCCGAGAGCAUGACGCACCUCUACACGUUCCGCGACACCUUUAACGAGACGCUCUAUCCUUACUUCAACCUCGGCUUUCUGGAUAAAGUGCACGAGAAUGAGCCGCUUAAAGUGUUCAUGCCCAAAAUAUGAGCCUGAAUUUGGGUGCUAAUACUAAAAUGAGUGCAGUGUAGGGACUACACAAAACCUUGAUUGCACAACCAAGGGAUGGUUUAUUGAAUCAGUUAUCAAAUUAUGCAUUCUUCUUAAUUAUAUUAUUGAUAUAUUAUAUGAUAUUAUUCAGGAAUCUGGACUGGAUGGAAACUAAAUGUAAGGGAGAAACCUUUGUUGUGAGAGUAGAGAAUAGAGGAUUGAUCCAAGAAUUUUACUAGUGACAGUAAUUUGGGUUUGUUGCUUUACUGUGUCAUAACUAAUUUCCGUAUUAUUUAGAAAGUUCAACUCAAAGUCAAAGGAAAUGACGUCGUCUCUAAAAUGGUGGUGCUCUUAGACUUUUAGACCUCGUAGUAGACCAGGCUGGACCUGGUGUAGAUAUGAAUCUUCAGUAAGACUGCUGAUUCUUGGUUAGUUUCUGUGUUUUUUUUUUACACUCAAUAUCUAUGGAGCAGGAAUCUGAAUUAUACACUAUGUGCCCAAAAGUUUGUGGACACCUGACCACCAGACCCAUAUCUGCUGCUAUGACAGUCUUCGCUCUUCUGUGAAGGCUUUCCACUAGAUUUUGGAGUGUGUGGCUGUGGGGAUUUUUGAUCAUUCAGCCACAAGAGCAUUAAUGAGGUCAGGCAGUGAUGUUGGGUGAGGAGACCUGGCGUGCAGUCAGCGUUCCAGUUCAUCCCAAAGGACUUCAGUGGGGUUGAGGUCACGGCUCAGUGCAGGACACUCGAGUUAUUCCAUUCCAACCUUGGCAAACCAUGUCUUCAUGGAGCUCGCUUUGUUCACUGGGGCAUUGUCAUGCUGGAACAGGUUCGAGUCUCUUAGUUCCAGUGAAGGGAAACGAAUGCUACAGCACACAAAUACAUUGUAUACAGUUGUGUGGUUCCAACUUUGUGGCAACAGUUUGGGGAAGAACAACAUACAGAAGUGAUAGGUGUCCACAUACAUUUGGCCACAUAGUGUACGUACUAGAGUGUGUGUGAAUUCAGUUGCGGUGCCUUAAAUAAUUUAUCAGAACAAUAUUGGAACCUCUUUUUCUGAUUGACUCUUUAAAAAGGGCUUUAAAUGUUGUGUAUUCAUGAUAUCAUCUAGACCUCUAUAGCAUAUCAUGUUAUAAAUGUAAUAUACAUAUACACAUUAUAAUAUCAGGGUAUACUGGUAUGCUAAUCAAUCUAAUGGAAAUGCAGCGCAGUAUUAUUGUAUUUUGUGUUGUAAAUAUCUGAUUUUUUAAAAUGAUAAACCAGUGGAUCUGUUCAACAGCGGUUUUGGAGUCUGGAGAGUUUUUAUAUGUUAAAAAAAAAACCCUGAAAGGUUAUAUAUGAGGAGAAAUACACUAAAGUGCUGAGAUCUCUUGUAAUAAUCUUACAUCACCAUCAAGUGCUAUGAAAGCAUCACAGUGUUCAAUGAUAUCAUUUAAACAGAUUAAUAAAAAAAUAAAAUGUACCAGCAAAUCUUAACAA